AUGUUGUCCGAGUCGAUGGCAGCAGCUCCAACUUCUCAGGCUACGUCUCCGACGAAGAUGGGUUCGACGCAGUCGUUGAAUCACCUUCUGAACUUUACACUCCCUCCUCGGCAGUCUCGACCUCCUCCUAGUCUUCCUCGACGGAGUAGAAAGACGAACAAUCAAUAUGGAGUAUGGAAUAAGGAACGAUUCGUCAAUGCGCAGUACCGUUUCGUCAUGAAUCCCAUGGGUGAUUAUACUGUACAUUUCGCAGAUCCAGAUAUAUUCUUCCAGUGGAAUGAUAUCUUGCAAGUCAUCAUACCCCGCUCUUCAGCGCUGGCGUCUGCUGCAGCGAACGAGGAAUAUGAAGGACAUACAUCAUGCCCUAUUUGCCUUUCUGCUCCCAAUGCGCCGAGGAUGACCAAAUGUGGACACAUAUUUUGUUUUCCAUGUAUCCUUCACUAUCUCAAUACUUCAGAAAACAAAUGGGCAAGAUGUCCAAUUUGCUUCGACUCUGUAACCUCGGCACAGUUGAAGAGCGUCAAAUGGUUCGAUGGGCCCGUUUCCUCUAAUCUUAACGACACGCCACCAGGCACAUCCACUUCUUCCAGUUCGGCUUCCAGCGGUCCUCGCGACUCUUCUCCUCGAGUAGGGGCCACCCUGUCUAUGCGACUCAUUCAACGACCACAGAUUACCACACUCGCUCUUCCACGUUCUCAUACAUGGCCCUCGGAUCUUUUACACCCUCACCAAGCUCCUUUUCAUUUCCUUCCUGACAUCUACAUUUAUGCCAAAUUUAUGCUUGCCACACCCGAUAUGCUCGUUUCCGACUUGACUAAAGACCUGGACGACCUCACUGUUGAGAAACGCAUUCUAGCCGGCAUGAAUGAUGACCUUGGAGUGUUGUUCAUAGACGCGGCCGAAGUCAAGGUUCGGAAUCAGAUUGCAAAGGCCACUGCCUUGCACACACCUGCUCUCCGGGAAAGAAUUGAAAAGGCAACACGAGAUCUUCGCGAAAUCGAAGGUCGUUUCACAUAUCGCGAGCGACGUAGAAUCGAGGAAGCCUCCAAGGCGGAAAGGAAUGAUUCGGUACCCUAUGAUGAAGGUAUUCCACAAGAACUCCUUUCUCUCAAGUUUGGAUCUAUCACACCCACUCUACCUGCUACUCCAAACAAUCCGGCGACGCCUCCAACCAAUUCGAAACGCAAUAAUUUGAAUAAUUCUCGUUUAAUCCCCAAGCAACGACGAAACGUGAAUCCUCCGCCUCCCUCUACGUCGACUUAUUAUUACUAUCAGGCCGCUUCCGGACUUCCUCUGUAUCUUCACCCGCUCGAUAUCCGUAUUCUGCUAUCCCACUUCAGCAGUUAUGCCUCAUUCCCAGAUAAUAUCACUAUCCGCGUGGAAGCCCUGUCUGAGGGCACAGUCAAUGAUGAUCUUCGUAAGCGAUGCAAAUAUCUCGCGCACAUACCAGAAGGUGCAGAUGUCGUUUUUGUUGAGGCUAAUCUCGACGACGUGGUCGGUAAAGAGGGGUUGAAGAACUUUGAGGGUGCGUUGAAGAUGCGAAAGUUGAGGAGACGUGAUAAGGGGAGGAAGGAUGAGAGGGCGAGGGCGAGGGCUGAAGAAAGAGAAAAAGAGAAACGGGAGUCUGAAGCUGCUAUAGAGUGGAGGUUUACACCGUCUGCGAUGUCGACUGAAUUUGUGAGUCGGGCAACCGAUGAAGACGUGGUUGUGGCGGAUGGUUCGUUCCCUGGAUUUGAGGAGUCGUUGACACGUGCAUCGACGACGAUGCCGAGUUCCCGACCACAACAACAGGAGCAGCAGAGAGCAUCUGGGGUAUGGGGAUCGAGAAGUUUUGCAUCUGCUUUACAUUCAAAUACUCCUCCGCUUCCACCCAGGAAUGGCGGAAGUGCGUCUAGACCACGACAGAUAGAGGAGGAUGAAUGGGAGAUGGACAUUGCAUGGCAUGAAUUGGAACAACGAAGUAAUGGUGAUAAUGGUGGGAGGAGGAAGAGAAGCAACAAACUUGUCGUUUUGGGCGGUGGUGGUGGUAGGAGACGGUGA